UUCCAAGCAAAACGCUGCUGCCUGAGCUAAACCCACCCCGUACAGCUGAAACACUCUGCUCUUAAAGCUGGAAGACCAGAGGCUGAGAAUCAUGGCAAGCAGAUUUUCUGCUUGUAUGCUGGCUUUACUGCACGUCUGUCGUUCCGCUGGCUCCUAUGAACCACCGACAUUGCCUGACGUUGGAGAUCCAAAGUUUAUUGAGGAAUGUGUGCAAACCCAUAACAGAUUCCGGUCUGGAGUGAAUCCACCAGCUAGCAACAUGCUCUACAUGAGUUGGGAUCCAGAUUUGGCAAAGACCGCGAAAGCUUGGGCAAAGAGGUGCCUGUUUAAACAUAAUACGUACCUCAAAGAUCCAGGGCAGGCUCACCCCAAAUUUACCCCUGUUGGAGAAAACCUCUGGACUGGCUCACUUUCUGUGUUUACUGUGCAAGGAGCCAUCACGUCUUGGUACGACGAGGUCAGCGCCUACAAUUAUGCCACUAACAAGUGCAGAGGAGCAUGCGGCCACUAUACGCAGAUUGUUUGGGCUACAAGCUACAAGGUCGGCUGUGCUGUCCACUUCUGUCCCAGCGUGGCAUACUCCUCCAUAACCAAUGCAGCACACUUCAUCUGCAACUAUGGGCCAGCUGGGAAUUACCCGGUGCGCCCAUACAAGACGGGAGCAGCGUGCAGCGACUGCAAUGGCGAGCAGUGUGCCAGCCAGCUGUGUCAAAACGCAGAGCGUGACAAAGUCAUUAGUGAUUCCAAGUGGCGUCCAGACUGGGACAGACCUGCAUGUGAUGAGUACUGCAUCACCAUUAUUGCUUUAAGGCCAUUACUCCUUGUACUGACAAUUCUGGCCACCUGGCUCCUACCAAAAUACUGGUCUAUAGCACCUGCCAGCGAGUGACACACGUGCAGAAGACUACAAAAGCACUUAAGUCCACACAUCCAUUCCCUGCACAUAAGUCCCUGGCAGCACAAAGAUUGGGUAGAGACAUUGUUUGCAUCCACAGGUGAUUUAGAAGUACAGAAACGCCAUCUUCACUGCAGGCAGCAGCUGGGAGAGCUGAUAAGCAGCUUUCUCAUUGCUCAGAACCAGUAACUGGUUUUAAAUUACCCAUUUGUUUUUUUUUCAAAAUGGAGUGGUGUGAGCAGGAUCCAGUGGGUAAGGGAGCAUGCCACCCAGGCAGCACAUUGAGGCGCAGGCAGCUGCCCAUGACGCUUGCUUAGGAAGGGUGAGGGUGCCCAGCCCAGGAGCCUGGCCCCAGCCCCGGCCGAGGCCCCAGGCAGAGCACACACCUCUCUCAUUCCUAUUGCACUCCUUCUUUGGACACUCCUCCAGCAAGAUGCAGAGUAGCCUAGAGAGGUUUUUCAUUUAAACGUUUUUUUCAAGAAUUUUUGGACCCCUGUGAGCUCUAGCAUUUGCAUGCUGAAGCAGGCAGUGUGUUUCCCAGUCUCGCAGUGCACUGGGGCCACUGAUACGUCUCUCCGCUUAGAAUUUGGUUUUAAACACACAUCAUCUGUGCCAAGAUACAGUUUCACCUGUGUUUACACAUGAUUAUUUAUUACUGCAAUCUUUCCUGGUUUCUUUUUUGUUUCUUUUUUUUGAGCAUAGUGUUUUUGACUGCCGUUUCAAACAAUAAACCAUUAUUUCUUGCUUCCCA